CCCGGACUGCAGUCGAUCCAGGAGCCUCGGCGGCGCAAGAAGCAAGGUGCGCCCCGCACACGGCCAGUCGGAGCGAGAGAGGCAACCAUGAGCAGCGGCAGCGGCAGCGGCUACGGUAGCGGCCGCCACAAAUGCGACGUGGUCGUGAUCGGAGGAGGCAUCUCAGGUCUAUCAGCAGCCAAGUUGCUGUUCGAUUCGGGAUUGAAUGUUGUGGUCUUGGAAGCUCGUGACAGGGUUGGAGGAAGGACAUUUACUGUAAGGAAUAAGCAGGUGAAAUACGUCGACCUGGGAGGAGCCUAUGUGGGGCCAACACAAAAUCGUAUUUUACGGCUGUCCAAGGAGCUUGGAUUAGACACAUACAAAGUGAAUGAAGUUGAGCAUCUUAUUCAUCACGUUAAUGGCAAAUCUUAUCCCUUCAAAGGCCCUUUCCCUCCUAUGUGGAAUCCCAUUGCCUAUUUGGAUUACAACAAUCUGUGGAGGACAAUGGAUGAAAUGGGGAAGGAGAUUCCCAAAGAGGCUCCAUGGAAGGCGCCACAUGCCGAGGAAUGGGACAAAAUGACUAUGCAAGAACUAUUAGACAAACUGUGCUGGACAAAUGCCGCCAAGCGGUUUGCUACACUGUUUGUGAACGUUGAUGUUACCUCUGAACCACAUGAAGUCUCUGCUCUCUGGUUCCUGUGGUAUGUUAAACAGUGUGGAGGGACAGCCAGAAUCUUUUCAACAACCAAUGGAGGACAGGAGAGGAAGUUUGUUGGAGGAUCUGGGCAAGUUAGUGAGAAGAUUAUGGAAUACCUAGGAGAUCAGGUCAAACUGGAAAAACCUGUAACCUAUAUUGAUCAGACUGGUGAUAAUGUCAUAGUGGAGACAUUGGACCAUGAAACAUACGAGGCCCAAUACGUGAUUAGUGCUAUCCCUCCAGUGCUUAGUCUGAAGAUCCACUUUAAUCCACCUUUGCCACCCAUGAGAAAUCAGCUGAUCAACAGGAUUCCUAUGGGAUCAGUCAUCAAAUGUAUAGUAUACUACAAGGAAGCAUUCUGGAGGAAAAAAGGUUACUGUGGAACCAUGAUUAUUGAGGAUGAGGAAGCCGCUAUUGGAUUGUCAUUGGAUGACACCAAACCAGAUGGAAGCUUUCCAGCCAUAAUUGGUUUCAUUCUUGCUCGGAAGUGCAGAAGAUUGAUUCAUCUCACUAAAGAAGAAAGGAAAAAACAGAUCUGUGAGCUCUAUGCAAAGGUGUUAGGAUCACAGGAAGCCUUACAUCCGGUGCACUACGAAGAGAAGAACUGGUGUGAAGAGCAGUAUUCUGGAGGAUGCUAUACCACCUAUUUCCCACCAGGGAUAAUGACUCAGUAUGGAAGGAUCAUUCGUGAGCCAGUCGGGAGGAUCUUCUUUGCUGGCACAGAGACAGCUACAGAAUGGAGUGGCUACAUGGAAGGGGCAGUGCAGGCAGGAGAAAGAGCAGCCAGAGAGAUAUUGUACUCUUUGGGAAAAAUUUCAGAAGGAGAAAUCUGGAAGGCAGAACCAGAAUCACGUGAUGUCCCAGCCCUACCAAUGACUACUACCUUCUGGGAAAGGAACUUACCUUCUGUACCUGCACUACUGAAGAUGAUGGGCUUCUCUGCUUUCUUGAUGUCCGUGGCUGCAGCUGGGCUCUUUGCAUGUAGAAAGGGUGUGCUGGUGCGAAAUGGGAAGUGGGUGUGCUAACAUGAAGCUCUGUAUCUUGACCUACAGGUUUGUGUACCUUUGCACAGUCAUGUUCCUCUCACUGAGCUCUGAUUAUUGAAAUUCUCAAUGUCCCCAUGCAUUUAUCCUAUGAAACAUGGCCUCAUGAAAGGGUCCAUGAUGUGUUUCUGAAGGUACCACACAAUUGGGACCAUUUUACAAAAUUCAGGAACGUCUGGAGCACAGUGCAUUGAACCUUUUUAAAAACCGAAUCAGAAUCUUCAUGGAUCUCACUACAGUGGCAGACCAAAAAGUAGUUGCACAGCAGGAGGAAAGUAGUUGUGCGCUCUACCUUUGUUCUCCCAGUGUUUUGGGGAACUGAUACAUAAGUGAGCUGUCAUCAAUUAAUAAAUUCCCGCAACAAAAUUUCA